AUGCGAGUGGUGAAGGAGUGGCGAACUCUGUUCGUGGGCGCGAACAACUCGGCGUUCGUGUUCGAUCUCAAUCAAACUCUAGAAUACUCGACGGCUACGAAGUUAGACUGGAUGGCGGACUCGGUCGCCAAGAAGAAGUGCAGAUUGAAAGGGAAGGAAGAACACGACUGCCAGAACUACGUGAAAAUCGUAACUCUGGAUUUAACGAACGGUCGAGUGUUGAUAUGCGGAACCAACGCUCAGAAACCGAAGUGCAUUCAUGCCGAGAUGUCGAACUUGGAGAGUGGUUGGAGAAGGAACGGUCUGUACAAUUGUCCGUUCGCCGUCGACCAAAAAGUAACGUCCGUCUUCGCCGAGGGUAGCCUGUACGCCGGGACGGUCGCCGAUUUCAACGGCAGGGAUUCCGUACUGACGAGGUCGAUGGGCAACGCCGUUCCUCUCAUAACCAAGAGGCACGAUUCGUUGUGGCUGAAUCACCCGAAAUUCGUCGGUUCGUUUGUAGAGGGAAAAGAAGUGUUUUUCUUCUUCCAAGAAGUUUCCGUAGAAAACUGCGAGAAGAUUUACCGUUCGCGAAUCGCCCGCGUUUGCACCGACGACAAGGGAGGCAGAACGUUACUGGACUCAAGUUGGACGACUUUUCUGAAGGCGCGACUCGACUGUUCGUUCCGAGGGGAAUUUCCGUUUCGCUUCAACUACCUGCAGGACGUCGUGCGGACCGUCCGCGGAGGAAAGGUCUUCUACUACGCAGUUUUCACGACGGGGGAACACGAAAUACCCGCCUCGGCCAUCUGCCGUUUCGGCCUCGACGACAUAAGGGACAACUUCGAAAGAGGUCCGUUCUUGCGACCGACGGCGCCUUGGGGACGCAUCCCGGACGAGGACGUUCCGGACAACAGACCGGGCGAUUGUUCGGUCGACUCGACUUUACUCUCGUACGAAGAUCUAAACUUCGUGAAAUCCCACCCGUCGCUGUACGAACCG